AUGCUAGGAAACGUGCUCCAAAAGCAACUAGCAAUAAAGACGUCAAGCUCAAUAUCACCUUGCGGACCAGUCCAAGCACCUAAUCGACAACCCAAUGUCGAAGGCAAUGCUCCUCUCAUUAAUCCCCUAGCCUUUCAUACCUACGACUUUGUCCCAGGUCUCAAGGGCCAUCUUUUGUUCAUGGGGACUUCAUCGAAUUGGUCCUUCAACAAGAGAGUUCUCACAAUGACACACGAACGCAUCAAAGGAACACCACUGCCUACUCACAACCUUCACUUUGCUGGGCUUGAAGGAAAGGUCUUCGACUUCAAGUGGGAUGGGACGAGGAGGCUUGCAUCUGGGGAUGUACCCGACAUGACCGCUCUUCCAACAAAGGACUUUGCUCUGUAUCUCAUUAAUUCAGUCAAAUUCCACUGCAGCUGGCUAUAUAAUCUCUUCGACGAAGACAUCUUUAUGGAACGCUUUCGUCGCUUCCACGAGCAUCCUGCAGAGCACGCACAAGCCGAGCCUCUAUGGUUUGUUCAUUAUCUUAUCAUAUUAGCAUUCGGAAAGGCCUUUGUGGUGCAUUCGACAAAAUCUCGACGACCUCCCGGAGGAGAAUUGUUCGUGCAAGCUAUGAAGCUCAUGCCAGAUUUUAGCUUCUUCGAUUGCGAUGUGAUAGAUCAGUUACAAGUUCUCUGUUGCGCUGCCCUUUAUCUACACUGCGUGGAUUAUAUUCAACAGGCCCAUCGUCUGGUCUGUAACGCUCUUCGAAAUGCUUUAGAACACGGUAUGCACACAGAGAUGCAAUCCAGCGCCCUUGAUAAAUCUUACGUGCAGAGAUGUCGCCACAUGUUUUGGACAAUCUACAUUCUCGAACGACAAAUGGGCUCUCUAAUGGGUCUCCCUCUGAGCAUAUCGGACGAUGUUAUAAGUGCGCGCUUUCCCGAUUUUCCAGGACAACCAGAACGCUUGGAGGCUCUCAAGUUACAUGUUGACUUUUGCAGAGUGCUCGCAAAGAUAGAUCAGACUGUAUAUGGGCUCGAAGGAAAACUCGACAGUCGAUACCUAGAGGCUACACAAUCAGUACUCAAAAGCAUCGCUAUCGUUACAGAACGACUGAACAAGUCGUUUGAGAUCCAGGCAGGCGAGGGUAUGGCUGGUAUAUCGCGAAUAUCAGCGCACCUGCAUCUUUUGCAACAUCAGUGCAUCAUUUUAACCACAAGGCCGCUGCUCUAUACGUUUCUUCUCUCACGUCUAGGCCAUUUGGAGGUAGCUUUGAUGCAUUGGCUACAAUCCGAGAGCGUGAAAGGCCUUGUACAGAUUUGUACCGAAUCGGCUCAACAGAUCCUUAGAAUUCUGUCCAGUCUUUCUGAACAGGGCCUACUUGAAACAUUCCUACGCUUUGACCAAGACGCAACAUUUACCGCUACAAUCGCACUACUCAUGGCUUCUGCAAUUGACUCAUCACUGUUGCCAGACCACACUCCCUGGACACAGCGUGCCUACUCUAUCUUUGAUGAAAUGGGGUCUCGUGGUAAUCCUGUGGCUAAUAUGGUUGCGUCUGAAUUAAAACAACUAGAAGGUUUGCUGAAAGAGUUUCUGCUUCACAAUGAGUCAAGGUCUUUAGUUGCGACUCAGAGCCACAACACUCCGUGUGAAGGGCCCUCUGACGAUACAAAUACUACGGAAGCAUCUAUUCCUGGAUAUACCGAGUCUUUCGGCCUUGAUUCUGAAGAUGAUUUCGGUUUGGGGUUAAACUAUGAGCUUAGCGCUGAACAGUUGCUGAACAUUGCGAAUUCGCUGGAUGUUGAUAGUUUGACGUGGCCAUGGCCUGAGGACCCAAUGGUGGAGGGUAUGGAGGAGUCUGGAUAG